AUGUUAUUAGAAGAAAUUCCUGUUGAAAUGUAUUUAGAAAUAUUCAAAUAUCUUGAUGUUAUUAAUCUCUAUGGAUUUUAUAAUCUUAAUAAAAAGACUAAUUUAAUUUUAUCUCAAGCUCAUCUUUAUUUUAAUUUUGACGAUAAUAUUGAUAAUCGUUUUGCAUCACGUCUAUAUGCAUUUGAUGAGCUACAAAUAUAUUAUUUCAGUCUAUCUGGUAGUGCUAUAAAUAUUUUCUGUUCAAUGUUCACAUUAACACAGUUUAAUAAUUUACGAACAUUAAAAUUAUUGCAAAUACCAAUACCAAAUUUACGUCGUUUUACAUCAGAAUUAUUAAUGUUGAAGCGUUUAACACAACUGCAUGUAGAACCAACAUUUCAUAGUGAUGAAUCAUAUGAUUGUAAUCGAAUAUUACAGCACUCAACAUUGAAAAUUUGUUACUUAAAAUCAUCUUUUGAAAAACGUUUGUAUUUUUCAAUGCCAUUAAUGUCAAACAGUUCAAUUGAACAUUUAACACUUGAUGUAUGCUGUUUAGAUGACGUCUAUCUAUUUUUACAACAUAUGCCAAAAUUAAAACGUUUAAUAAUGAUUGUACAUGCAACUGGAAAUGAUAAAGGAAUAAAUAGAAAAAAUAUUACAGAAUUAAUAACACCAAAUUUAGUUUAUUUUAAAUUAAUAAUAAAAGGCUCUAUGGAAGAAGAUGUUGAGAUAUUUGAACCUUUAAAAGAACUACUUAUGCUCCUGCCAAAAUUAGUUUAUUUUGAAUUCACAAGCUUUGCUUGUAGAUUUAGGGAUGGUUAUUGGUGGGAAAAGGUACUUUGUGAAUUAAUAUAUUUAAAAACAUUUCGUUGUAGUGUUUGCGUAUGGAAGGCGUAUCGAGGUAAAAAUCUAGCACAAUAUGGUGAAAAAUUUGUUGAAUCGUUUCAAACAUCAUUUUGGUUGAAAAAAACGCAAAGAAUGGAGAAUAAAUUUUAG